AUGAAUAAUCAGAAUACGGUUUUUUUGCCUCCGGGAAUUCCCACAGUCGUUCAACCCAUCCCACCAUCAGCUUGUGCUAGCAAAUUACCCGAACCAUAUCACAACUUCAUCGCUGGUCUGAAAUUGAACCAAAAUACGGCUAGUAAUAUGGUGCGUUCACAUGUGUCUUAUGUUAAAGCGCUGUGCGAUGGAUUUUCGAACACUGCCACACCAUCGUUAUUCCCAUGCGCCGACGCUGUACACCUUUCCGAUUCCGAAUUAUUCCAUGCGGAUUUGGUCACUUUACUGCGUGAUUUGGAGCGUCCUUCACUUGAGUGUUCUGAUGACCAUUGGCGCACUGAUAGCGAGGCUCACGCAUUGCUUCCGGAAUUGCAGGAUUGGCCAACCAGGGGACUGUUGGAUACUGAGCCACUACGAGUGGCCGAUGACAUGUCUAUGCACACGUUGCCGGCAGAUUGUGUCUUGGAACGCGUGGACUGGUUCACCGGCGCUGAAAUUCCUGAAUCGGCCGAACAAACGGGCACAAUGGAUGAGUUCUCGACAGCGCUAAAGCAGUUUUGUUCACCUCCUGAAGCGUACCACUUGCUGAUUACUCGGAUGCAUGCAGGAGCGCAUCGAAGCGUUACACUCGCGUUCCAGUCUUCCAUAUCAUCGUGCCCGGUAAAUUCAAUGAAAGCAGUUCAUUUGCUUACGGAUGUGUUCAUUCCUGCCAGUCCUUACCUGACAUCGAUCGCCAUAGAGGCGUUGCAAUCGCAUCCGGUUUCUGAUGGAUCAGCCAUCAACAGAGAAUCUGAUGUGUCAGCUCGAUUGCUCGCUGUAUCCACAGAGAUCGGGCAGCAUGCGCUUGUUUUGCGUGAUCUUACUCCACCUGUGCCCUUUUCUCGUUUACGUAUCAGUCUGUCUGCCCGUCUGGACUGCAAACUGUCACGUGCGCGAAUUCAUCUGGGCGCCUUUUUUGGUCGCUCUGGUUUAUUUGAUUUGAUCUCCAUGCCAGAUCCGUGGCGUAUAACUCGCGCCUGGGAAUUUGCCUGGGCUGCUGGACAACCACUGUUUUGUCCAUCUUCUAUACCGACGGAGACUAUUCCAGCGAAUCCAUUGUUGGACCGCUUAGAGCAAUGGAAAUCCGACGUGCUUGCUUCACUUGAUCUGACCCAGUCUGAAUUGAUUUCGUGGUCAACCGCCACUAGUGUCACCAAUAACACGAACCAUUCACACGAGGUGGAAUAUGACCGGAAAAUCUUGACCUUGUACACGCGCUAUUGGGCGUUACGUUAUCAAGUGAAUUGGCUUCAAAGAGUCUCCGAUCGCAUGGUGCAUCUGGCCCACCCGGCUAUCACUCAUCAGUUACAAAUGCAAAUGAGCUCUGCCUCUGUUUCAGAUUUGAUCAAAUCAUUAAGUUUGGACAAGUCGAGAAAUUUGAUGGAAACGGUUUUGCAGCUCCUUGUUGCUCACUCCGAUCAUCUGUCAUUGGCAAUUCGAUCCGGUGACGUGGACGUUGCAGAUCCCUCCAAACUCUCUAGCUCAUUGACCGACUUGAUCCCAACCGACGAAUUACACACGAUCAUUUGUAGUCUGCUUCAGACUAGCUUUACCUACGGAACUCGAGCCAUUCAGGUUCUGAUAACCGGCUUCACAUCGUCCCUCCUGAGUUUGUGGUAUUCCAUUCGCCCGAUUAGCUCGUUCCAUUUGUUCAUUCCAACGGAGAAUUGGUUGCUAAAUCUAAUAACAGACACGUUUAUCUCAAAUCCUACCCGGUGUGCACACUCGCAUUGUUUGGAUUGUACUCGACGAAUACUGGCAUUCUGGGCUUUGAUCCAGCGACUUGUGCUCUCCGGAUUGACGGAUAAUUUGUUCAUCACAUCCCUGCUCCUCAUCCGUGCCGGUUUAAACGUCUCGGAUUCCACAUCGUUCCCGCUUGCUCAUCUACUCAAUUUGUUCAAUGCUGUGUGUGGGUCGAUGCAAGCUGAAAUUCGUUCCGGUCAACGCGCAACGAACGUAGAAAGUGUUGUCCCAAUACCACUUCAUGCCACUCACCAGAGUAUGAACAACACCGGUUGGAGUGGUCUGCUUACUUGGUACUACAUGCAGCAGGUUCACGGAGAAAGCACAUCUAUAACGGAGCAAUCGAAAACUUGUCGUCGAUCAGAAUUCAUACGCAAAGCUGAAUCCCUGCUCAGAAAAUACGGCCGCACCAAAGUAACGAAUUCUCGUCCACGCACCGAAUCUUCUGAAACGAAUGCGAAACACAGCGAAAACACAAAGGAUGUUACGUUCCCGCUCGGCGCGUUGUUUAUGAAAGGAUUGAUGAUGUCACGUCUUCAGUCUCUGAUCCGUCGCGUAAGUUGA